AUGGACAAUGGUGAUCUUUUAGAACAUAUUAGGCUUGUUCCCGACUUUCCCAAACCAGGAAUUAUGUUUUAUGACAUAACCACACUACUGCAACAACCAUACGCAUUUAAAGAGACCAUAGAACGCAUCGCAAAUAGUUGGAAAAAUGCGAAAAUAGAUACGCUCGUUGCAAUUGAUGCCAGAGGGUUUCUGCUCGGUAGUGCUCUAGCCUAUAAACUUGGCGUUGGACUUACCUUAGUACGCAAAGCCAAUAAAUUACCUUUUAAAACAAUAUCGACAACCUACGAUUUAGAAUAUGCCAGCGCUACACUAGAAAUGCAUGUCGAUGCUUGUCAACCAGGGCAGCGUGUUCUAAUUGUCGACGACCUAUUAGCAACAGGUGGAACAGUCGCCGCAACAAUUAAGCUUGUCAAACAAUAUCAUGCACAGAUUAUCGGUUGUUCCUUUCUACUUGAAUUAAUGGCACUCAAUGGUCGGGAACAGUUGGGGGACCUACAAGUCAAAUCCUUAAUUCAAAUUGAAGCAUAA